AUGAGCCUUGUUCUUCAAUCUCCGAAACCUGGGCUUCUGAUACCAUUGUUGUGUGAUAUUAGGAUUACUCCAACAAAUAAGAAUGGCAUUCACAAACUUGUGGCCAUAAAAAGAUCAAAACUACAACAUUCACACACUCUCCAGAAAGAGAAGAGAAUCUAUAGUGAUCUUAAUAAUAGUAAUCGCUGUACAGAAAUUGUAACUUGCUUCGGCAAUGACAUAAGUAUCGAAAAAGAUUCAAUAUACAACAAUCUUAUCCUUGAAUAUGCAUAUUGGGGCACUCUCGACCAACUUAUUAGGCGUCGUAUUUCUAUGGUAGAAACCAACAUAAGAAUCUACACAAAAAUGAUGCUAAAAGGUCUUAGUUAUAUUCAUGCAAAAGGGUACGUGCAUUGUGAUUUCAAGCCUGAAAACAUUUUGGUAUUUCCAACUUCAGAUAAGAAAAAUAAGUCGAGAUUUAAACUCAAAAUUGCAGACUUUGGAUUGGCUAGAGAGCCAGAAGAAGUGAUUUGUCGAAGGUGCUAUAUGGGCAGAUUCAAAGGUACUCCUGUUUAUAUGUCACCAGAAUCGGUGGCACUUGGGGAAAUCACUUCAGCCUUAGAUAUAUGGUCAUUGGGUUGUGUUGUGGUAGAGAUGUGCAGCGGCAUUAACGAGGUUUGGAAUAACUGUGAGAGUGUAAAUAGUCUCAUUGAUGUCUUGGUUUUCAGUGACAAGAUUCCUAACAUACCUCGAUCUAUAUCUGGGAUGGAUUUUUUGGGAAAAUGUUUUGAGAGAGAUCAUCACAGAAGGUGGACGGCUAAUAUGUUAUUGAAUCAUCCUUUCGUGACUGGAUCAGUUGAAUAG